UCGGAAUCCUGCGUCUCGCAGUACAGCACUCAGUAUGCAUUUGUUCAGUGAGAGAAUGAAUUCUGGUAACCUAUUAAAAAUCCAGGAUUCUGUUCAUUCAUAUAAAAGAGUAAUGCAACGUAAAGACAGUGACUGUGAAGUACUUUCAGAGAAACUUAAAAUCAUGGAAAACCAGGUUAGUGAACUACAGAGGAAGCUGACAGAAGCAGAGCACGACAGAAUUAAACAAGAACAAGAACUCUGCAAUGUGAGAUUUGCCUUAAAACAAGAAGAAGAGAAGAGAAAAAGUGCUGACUGGGUUUGUGAAAAGAUUAAAGAACAGUUAAGAGAAAGAAAAGAGCAAUAUAAUAAGGAAGUUGAAAUGAAUCAGCAACUCAAUGUCCGCAUGAGGGAACUGGAUGUGGAAUUGAAGACUGUAAGAAAUGAUUUCAGUCAGGCUUUAGAUGAACAGAAUGACACCCAGAGGCAACUUGUCCAACACCAGAAGGCUAGAAUCUUGCAAGAUGAGAUUCUGGCAAAACACCUUGACAAGCAGAAGCAGCUAGAAAUGGAACAAGAGAAAAUUCGUUCUAAGUUGCAUCAAGCACAGGAUCAACAUGGCAAGGCUACACAAUACACUGAGAAGAUGCAAGAUCUCAGGCAGAGAUUUGAAUUUGAAAACCACAAGCUAAAAGCCAAGGUAACAAAGCAAACAGAAAAAAUUGAACAGUUAGAGAAAAGCCUGCUAAGUGCAAAUCUGAAUGCGGACCUGACGGCAGAACUGGAAACCACACUUUCAAAACGUUCACACCUGCAUAAAGAAAACCAGGUGCUUCGACUGGAGCUAUCAGCUAUGAACACCACACAAAAGAAGUGUGAAAACCUGAGGAAGUAUACAGAGAAAUUGAAAAAAGAAAUAGUGAGCCUCCGACGUUAUAUGGAAAGCAAUAUGGUAGAAUGUAGUCAAAUAGAACAAUAUAAAUUGGAGGUUGAAGAGCAAACGAAACAAGAUUUAAUAGAAAAAUUGAAACAAGUCAACCUCUUUUUACAGACAAAAGCCAUUCAACAGGAAAAGGAGAAGUUAAUAUGCACAGAAAAUGCGUCAGUACCAAAUCAGAUGGAGCUCAAAAUAAAAGAUCUGGAAUCUGAACUCUCGAGAAUGAGAAGUCAAGUCCAUGCCAAUCAGAUAGCAAUAGACAACUACAAGCAACUCUACCCAGAGGAAGUCAAACUUAGAAAAUCGUUGUCAAAUAAACUAAGCAAGACAGAUGCAAGUAUAGCAGAGGUCAUGACAAAACUUCUCCUAGAGAGACAGAAGAAGAAAUCUUCACAGCAGAGCACCCUUAAUGCAAGACCAGCCCCAGAGCUCGCAUUUACUGGAGACCUUAGUAACAGAGUUUUCAUCCCAAGAGGUUUUUCUGGAGGUUUUUCAAGAGACAACAUAGUGGACCCUACCUCAAACCUGUGGUAUUCAAUUGACAUCAUGCACAACUACAAGACCAUGGUAAACUCUCCCAUCAGGUGCUUCAGUAGAGUGUUUUCUCCCAGAAAUGAGAAGCUACUGUGAAUUUGAAUCUGGAUUCUUUAGAACACCCCACCCGGAAUUUACUCAUAUGUGAAGUCACAGGCUUCCUAAAAGAAGUACCAGAAGAACAUACAAAGAUGGCAAAGAAAUUAUAUAAUGUGAAAAAUGCAUUUUAGUUACUGGACUAUUUUAUAUAUCGUUUUAUUUCCUAUUAGGUGUAUGUGGAAACGCUGGUGAAAGUGAAUGUUUUUGUAUUACAUAUGAAUGACUUAAAAAGGUGUGUUCUAGCCGGAUGAGGUGGUGCACGCUUUUAAUCCCAGCACUCGGGAGGCAGAGGUAGGAGGAUCGCCGUGAGUUCAAGGCCACCCUGAGACUACAUAAUGAAUUCCUGGUCAGCCUGGGCUAGAGUGAGACCCUACCUUAAAAAAACAAAAAACCAAAACACACACACAAAAAAAAACCCACAUAUGUCCUAAAGUAUUGUUGGCAUCUGUAACUAAGUUUUAGUGUUUCUUACCAGUGAAAACUAGUAUUAUCAAGUUUUGUACACUCAAUUUGUGCUUCAAUGCUAGUUACUUAAA